AUGUUGGCAGCUGAACCCGAGCAGUUUGCAGGGCUGGUCCGGCAUUUGAGCCAGGCCAGGAUCCGAAUGGCCAAUGAGCAGCACCACAAGAACAUCACCCAGCGCGGCAAUGUAGCCAACACCUCGAGAAAAGGCGUCUGUCUCGGACCCUGGCUGUUGGCUCUCUACGUUUUUGUAGUCUGUGGCUCUCUCAUUGUCCAGAUUAUUCACAGUAUCAGGAUGGGCAUGUGA